AUGAAGACUCUUAAACCCAUAUGUUUUCUUGUUUUCUUCAGCUACAUUAAAUGUCAAAUUCUUCAGACAAGCUUACUACAUGCAGCCAUGCAGCACCUUAGUACCCAAAAUUAUGUGGAAGAGAAUUUAAAAGACCUUACCAGCAUUAUGAUUGCUCAGUUUCUUCAGAAAGCAACUUAUGAAGAAAUACAAACUGUGGCUCAACAGUUACUAGAUCUUGUGGAAAAGUGCAAGAAUUUUAAAUCACAUGUGUCAGCCACAGAAUGUGCUCAUCAGUUGAUGACCAGCUUCCUAGAGCAUAUUUGUGACAACCAAGGAAUGCUUGCCAAACACCUGUUUACUAACUGUUGUAAUACAAAUAGCACAGCAAGGCUCAAGUGCUUCUUAUUCUAUAAAAAAGAUUAUGGAGAUCAUAAGGAUAGAUUCCAAAGUCUAAAGCCUGAGAUGAUCUGUGAAAUGGACAAAGAAAAUCAAGUGACCAUGAAGGAGAGGUACAGUUAUGAAAUUUCUAGAAGGCAUCCAUACUUAUAUGGACCCACUAUCCUGACCAUGUCUGCUUGCUACAAAACAGCUAUUCAGUCAUGUUGUCAAGAGGAAAAUAAGACCGAAUGCCUGCAGAUAAAGCUAGAACCCAUCAGAAAAUACAUUAGAGAAAUAUCUUUGAGACAUCAUCAUUUAUGUGAAAUUGGGGUUAAAUUCAACCACAAAGUAGCAAAAGCUGUGGAAUUGGUUCUGCUCACUAAAAAACAACCUAAAUCUAAUUUUUCUGAAAUUGCCAAACUGACCACUGAUGUUAAAAAUCUGCAUGAGACCUGCUGUGGCAACACAGUUGCGUGUGCUCUUGGUAGGAGCCAGCUUAUGAACUACACCUGCUCUACACGGGCUGCCCUAUCCAGCAAGAUCACUCAGUGCUGUGAACUUCCAGCGCCAUUCCGAGGGGAAUGCAUUAUCAACACAGGAAAUGGGGACAAACCUGACCUUUCAUCCCUGCCACUCAGCAGGUUUACAGAAGACCAAUUUGUAUGCCAACGAUUCACUGACAACCAAGAUGACUUUCUACAAGAGUUUCUCUAUGAAUAUUCAAGAAGACAUCCAGAGUUGGCAGUUCCAGUCAUUUUAAGAGUAGAAGCAAAAUAUAAAAAUUUACUGGAAAAAUGUUGUAAAUUAGAAAAACCUUUGGAAUGCUAUAGUCACGCGGAAGUGCUGUUCCAAAGAGUGGUACGAGAAAGCCGUGAUCAUGUGAAAAAUUACUGUGAUUUACAUGAAAAAUUGGGAGAUAGUAACUUCCAUGACAGGCUCAUGGUCCUUUACACCAAGAAAGCUCCACAACUAUCUGCUCAAGAAUUGGUUAUGUUCACAAAGAAGAUGGCAGCUGCAGCCUCCAGAUGCUGCCCACAAAGUGAUGAGCAACAGUUUUUCUGUACUGAGGACUCAGCAAAGCUAAUUCUUGGAGCUCUGUGCAGAAGACAUGAGGUUGAGCCUAUCAAUGCUGGUGUGGGUCACUGCUGUGACAACUCAUAUGCCUUCAGGAAGCCAUGUUUUGAUGAUCUGCAAGUAGACAGAACUUACAUUUCCCCAUUUUUACCUUGUGACCAAGUCAUCAUCCUUAAAGGGCACUUGUGCAAAGCUCAGAAGGAACUCCAAAUUGAAAAGCAAAAGCUCCUCAUCAGCCUCGUGCGGCAGAAACCAUGUGCAACAGAGGCACAGUUCCAGUCGGUACUUGUGGACUUCACGCACCUGGUGGAGAUGUGCUGCCAUGCAGAGGAAAGUGACAUGUGUUUUCAGAAAGAGGGGUCAAAACUGAUUGAAAAGUGCCAGUCUUUCCUGGAAGACUAA